GCAUGGGUUGGUCUCAGGAUUUGUUCCGCGCCUUGUGGAGAUCGCUGUCAAGGGAAGUGAAGGAGCACGUGGGCACGGACCAAUUCGGGAACAAAUACUACUGCAUCCCGCAGUACAAGAACUGGAGAGGACAAACUAUUCGAGAGAAGAGAAUUGUAGAAGGAGCAAAUAAAAAAGAAGUAGACUAUGAAAUAGGGGAUAUUCCAACAGAAUGGGAAGCUUGGAUUAGAAGAACAAGAAAGACUCCACCUACUAUGGAGGAAAUAGUAAAGAAUGAAAAAUACAGAGAAGAAGUCAAAAUAAAAAGCCAAGAUUUUUGUGAAAAAGAAAAACUCCUUAGUAAAGAGACCAGUGAGGAACUCUUGCCUCCACCAGUUCAAACUCAAAUUAAAGGCCAUGCCUCUGCUCCAUACUUCGGAAAGGAAGAACCCUCAGUGGCUCCCAGCAGCACUGGUAAAACCUUUCAGCCAGGAUCCUGGGUGCCACAAGAUGGCAAGAGCCACAGUCAAUGAAUG